UCAGAAUGCAGUCACGAAUAGGAUAUUGGUUUCCAGAACACCAGGAAAGAUGGAAGAAUGCAUGGCAACAAUGGACUUCUUCCCAAUCCAUUCAGCGCCAACUUCCAGACUUGUCCACAUCUCAGGGAUUCCAGCACCUUUUUCCAAAAGGCACAUGGAAAUCAGCUCAGAUACCAAAGCAUAUUCUUAAGGUCCAGACACACCUGGAAAACUCAACCAAGUAUCAUAUCCACCAGACACAGAGGCAGCAGGUGAAACAGUACCUGGCGCUAGGCACCAAGCUUUCCAAUCAGAGCCUUUCCAUUUCUCACUCACAUCCAGGAGAGGCUGUUGGAGCACCUCCUGUCAUGAGAAAUGGUCAUCUCCCUUCUGGCAGUGAAAGUAGUAUGCCUGAUAGUCCAAUUACACUGCUGUCUCUAGGAACAAAUCAUGAAAAUGAGAUGGAUGAUGUUAUCGAUGAUAUAAUCAGUUUGGAAUCAAGUUGCUUUAAUGAAGACUCCCCCAACUGUAUGGAGCCAUCUUCUCUAAUACAUAACACAUUGCCAUUGUCCAGCAAUAUUUUAGAUGUCUAUGGAGGUGACCAGGGUAUGAAUACAACUAAUAUUGGACUCACUGGCAGUUCCUGCUCCACUAAUCUUCCAGUGAAAAGGGAAAUCAGAGUUACACACCCUGGUAAUGCUGAAACACAUGCACUAGUUAAAGAAAGGCAAAAGAAAGAUAAUCACAACUUGAUUGAACGAAGACGAAGAUUCAACAUCAAUUAUCGUAUUAAAGAGCUUGGUACCUUAAUUCCAAAAUCAAAUGAUCCACUUUUAUUAAAAGAUGACCUUUUACUCUGCAGUGAUGUGCGCUGGAAUAAAGGUACCAUCUUGAAGGCAAGUGUGGAAUAUAUCAAGUGGCUUCAGAAAGAGCAGCACCGUGUCCGAGAAUUAGAAAACAGGCAAAAGAAACUGGAGCAGGCUAACCGAAGACUGCUGCUACGGAUUCAGGAGCUCGAAAUGCAGGCUAGAGCUCAUGGUCUGCCUACCAUAACAUCAUGCUUUAGUCCAAUGGAGCUGGCUGCCCACCUUGUUAAGCACGAGUCCUACCAGGAGGACAAUAGCCCGGAUUAUCUGCAGCAACCAACUUUGCCUCAGAUGUUGAAUGAACUCAAUGAAGGGUCCUAUAGCUAUUUGGAUCCUUUGUCACAUUUCACAGACUUGUCCUUCAGUGCUGCUUUAAAACAGGAGAACAGGCUUGAUGAAGCUCUAAUAGACAACACCAUCUCAUUGGGUGCAAAUCCUUUGUCUGCAACAUCACCUGGUGCAUCUAAAGGAAGCAGUAGGAGAAGUAGCUUCAGCUCGGACGAUGAUGAACUGUAAUUGAUGUAGUGAUCCAGUAAGGGACUGAUCAUUUCAUUUAUCAAGAAAAAUAAUUAAAACACAGAUGAUUUGCUUAACUACUGAUUCCCUGUGAGCCAUUUGCACAUCAGUAUUUCAAACCUUCACUCUAAGGGUCAGAAUCCAUUUCCUUGUCAAUGUUUAUUUCAUUCUGGUGCUGCUAAUACUAAUCCUUCAUGAGGAAAACUAGAGUUCACAACGACCAAGUAAAAGUCGCGCAUUUUCAGAAGCAAUAUGAAAUUGUCAAUUACACAAUUAACAAGGAAUAUAAAGUUCCAAACUCUUCCUUAUUUUAUUUUCAAAUGGCCAAUUGAUCAAUAUACUGGAGUUCCACUAAGUGGGAGAAUUUUACUUUACGUGUAAUUGGAAAAAAAAGUUCUUUUGUACAAGAGCAAUGACUAGUCAGAAAUAAUUGGAGGCAGCAAAAGUUUUUAAAAAAAAAUUAAGUCUGAAAAGUGCACAUUGAACUAUAUUUUUAUAGUUGACUUCCUGACCCAUCAGAAUUGUUGCAGAUGUGAGGCAGUUUAAUGAAAAAUCAGAUGGAAAUGUAUUUGGCAAAAUUUAAUAAAAAAGAGUUGAAUGUGUCGUCUAAGAAACUGAAGUUACAAUUUUAUUUUUCUCCUACUUGGUAAAACUUCAAUCUUCUGCUUUGAGGGAAAGAUUUUUGGGUUGGUUCUUUCUUGCUUAACAGGACAUGGUGCUAAAUUGUGCACUGCUUCCUAUUUUUGUUAUUUAAAAAUAGCAAUUGAGCAAAAGGGAGAUUUUUUUUCCAUUUUUGAAAAUAACCCAGUUGACAUUCCUACAGUAAUUAAUCCACAGACAUGGAAAAUUUGUUUUAUUGCACAUGCGCCCAUGUUUGGAGUAUAUAUUUGGUGUGACAUUAGUUUGUUAGAAUUAUUUUGCAUUAAGCUAAUGCAAAAGAUAGAAUAAUACUUUAGCCUUAAGUUUGGGGGGGUGGCGGGGCUGGUGGGGAAGGUGGAAAAUAAUGAAAGGAAAAAUAUAGUCCAGUUUGUUCUUAAGUAGAAGUUUACUCAAGUGUGUUACUUCUACAGUUUCUGUUGCAAAAAUGAUUAGGUUCUAGAAGUUAUUUUAAACUUUGGAGUUUACCUAUCUUUUUAAUUAUUAUUUCAAUGUUCCUUGAAAGCAUUUUCUUUACAAAAAAAAAUACCUUUAUUGGGUGAUGGCAGUGCUCCCCACUACUAAUUGUUGGAACCAUUUGAUAAGCAAAUGGUGAACUUCAUAAAUUUGUUGCAGUUAGAAAAUAGAGGUAAAACAAUAACUCUUCAAAUGUUUCUCAACUAUUGAGCAACUUGCAAUUAAAUGCCAUUUCAAUUGAGUAAAAUCUUGGAGUAAAAGAAUCCUAAAAAUAAGGAACUGGGCUAAAGAAGAAUGAGAAGUAGUCAGGUCAGAGGGAGGCAAUUUCUAAGAAGAAGCAAACAGAGAAGCAAGGGAAAUUGGGGAAUUUCAAAGCUGAAGUUCAAGCUGCCAAUAGAUGCAUUAAAAACAGAAAAAGCCAGACUUGGAGAAAUGUACAGUUCAAACCAUGUUUUGAGGUCAGAGAAGAUGAUAAACAUAGGGCAGAAUGAGAUUUUGAAGGGACUUAAAGAUAAGAAAGGGAAUUUUAAAUAGACUGGUAACUUGGAACCAAGUUAGGUUGGCAAAAAUAGAAGAGAUUGUGGUGAGCUGGACUUGAUGCAGAUUGGAAUAUAAGCAAAAAGGGUUGAAUUAACCAUUAGUUUAAUUGGUGCUAAUAACCUUGUUUCUGUGCGUGAAUAAGGUUUUAGAUCUGCUGGAAAACAGUAGUAGACAGGAGCUUGUAAUUUGUCUCUAAUUAGAUAUAAUGGUAUUCUCUGUGGGGGAAAUGCAUGUGACACCCUUUUUGAUUGCUUACAUUAUGGAUUAAAUUUUAACAUAGGAAAUGUAUCCAGGAGUAUGUCAUAUGGCCCUCGGCAUCUUAUGAUCCCAUGAACCUUGCUUUUCAUUUAUUAUGACUGAUCCAGUGUUCUUCUCUCUUUCCCCACUCAUCUCCUCACGUAAUAUUUCCUGAUUUUUCUCAGUAUCAUAAAAUAUCUAUUCUUGGUUUUGAAUGCACUCAAUACUUACACAAUCUUGAGGUAGAAACUUCCAAAGAUUUACAACAAUAGAAGUGAAUUUUUUUUCGACUUUUAUUGUGGUCCAGAAUGGCUGAUCACUUAUUCAGAGCCAAUGUCUCUUGUUCUAGAACUCUGCCCCUCUUGUUUUAGAAGGCUGUCCUUCAAAUAACCUGGAAUUUUUGAAACUAAUAAGCUUGGACUGUGUAUGAAUCAUUUUAACAUUUACAGUAAAGAAUGGAAAAACUGAUUUUGCAUGAGUCAUUUAGCCAGUCCUUGUACAAUGUUGCUUUGUACGUCUUUCUAAUGAAAUUUAAUUUCAAUAGGAAAAUGUUUUUCAUCUUUAUUCUGUUCUGUAUAACAGACCUGUUCACUAGUUUUGAAAAUGAGGGAAGAGAUGAAGAUUUUUGACAGUUUUUAGUGAGUAGGGCAAGUAUCUUCUGCAAGGCUUUUGUCUUAAGCAUUGACAAUCAAUAGUAUUUUUGACUUGUAAAUCUUAUAUUCAAGGCUACAAACUAUUUACUGAAAUGUACUGUCAUUGUACUACAACUUUUGUAUGAAAUAACCCUUUAAGAUUUGUACAUAUUAAUCUUUUUGUGGAGAUAUUUGGUACUGAAUUUUUGUGUGGAAAAUUAUGUACAUAGUGUUUGUUUCUGUCACCACUGCCUCUGAAAUAUUCCUGAAGCUAGUAAAUUCCUCAAAAAUAGCACUGAAAACUUGUGAUCUACUUUUUUUCCUUGUAGUAUUCAGACUACUGUCAUAUGAUUCUUCCUAAAAUAGAAAUACCACUAGCUGCAUAUCCAUUCAAUUUGUUCUUAUUGCAAAACAGUAGUACAAACACCAAAGUUAUUUAAAAAGAAAAGUAGAUUUUCUAGCCUCCUGAGAAUAUUUUACUUUAAGAAUCCUAAAUAUAACUUUCUGGUCCCCUUUUUAAAAGAUUAUUUAUUGAUUUUUUUUUGUAAUAACUUCGUUCCUCAAAGGCUGUAGACAUGUAAUGCUUAGAAUUUGAUCAAUGAACAGUUCCUUGAUCAUAAUAUUCAAACAUUUUUGACCUUUGUUCUAUAUCUGAGCACAGAAUGAUAAAACAGAUGGUCAUUUCUUUGAGUUAGGAGGGCUUUUGUAGAGGUGCAAGUUAGAAAUACUUUGAAGUUUUUUUUUCUGGAUUCAAGUAAAAUGUGCAUUUGAUGUGGGAUACUUUAUACACUAUUAUAAAUGUGGCUGCAAGAAUGGGAAAGUAAGACAUUCAGGAAGCACUGAACCCAAAAUGGUAUCUGGCACAGUUGAAUUUGUAUGGAUUGCUGAAGCUACACUGGGGAUGCAGAUGAUUCAAAACUUCAGUUAAACCUAAAAGUGAAAUUUGGAAAAUCUUUGUUAUGCAAGACAAAAGCAUGAGAAGUUUUCAAAUUGGGCCCAAUCUGAUAUCUUUUUAAGUUGGAGGAGAUGGUGUAGGUUUCAGUUUAUUUGCAGUGGAAAUCUAAUGCACGAGGGAACAUCAGAAAUUUGGAGGCAAUGAGGCACAACUGUGUUAAUAUUGCAUCAUUAAAAGGCUAGUGGAAUGGAGACCAAAGCACUAGAAAGGAAAUCUGCGAAAUGAGGUCAAAGUGAUUUUUGAGUAAAGGCUCACAGAUGACUUAAGUAAGUGAGAAUUUUGCUUGGAGCUAUGAUGUUGAUGGCAUUAAUUGUUAUCUGGGCACCAUAAAUUAACUGACUAUGAAUGGACCAACCAGGACUGAUGUCAUUAAGAAAGUGCUUGAACUGUUGUGUAAACUCUGCCAGAGAUAUCAUUUAGGAUUAUUAUUAUUAUUAUUAAAGUGUGCAGGGAGAAAUUUCUCCUACAAACUGAGAAAAUAGUUAUCUAGCUCUGAGUGAAUGAAUGGCAAAUGCAAAGGUCUUUCUAAUUUAAUGAUGAACAACAAAUUUCUGGAAAUACUUCUGGACACCUGGUGUGAUGACUUGCCUGUAGUUAAGUUAUGUGUGCCUUCUAAGGAUCCAGGACGUGGAAGGCGCACAACUUUUAACUACAGGCAAGUUAUCAUACCAGUCAAUGACCACAGGCCAUUCAUGAACAGUGAGCCAGCUGUUCAGUGCAUCUGGGCAAGGCUGGAGGAAGGCAGACAAAGAGAGAUCAGAAAUCUGAAGGUAAUGACAUUUCAUCCUUUAAAAGUGGCAACAUUGCUGGUGUCUCAAAUUCUAAAAUACAAACCUGCAGUCUGUCUGAGGUUGUCAAGUAUGUAGUGACUUGGUUGGGGAACAAUUGGUCAUCUGAGCUAAUUUUCUUCAGAGUGAAAUUGGUACAAUUAGAGCAGUUACUCAUUAGUCUCACCUGACUGAAUUCAAUGAUCUGAUGACACCAGUUUUAUGGGUCAAAAUUAGCUGAAUCUUGAUAAGCUGAAAUGCUCCAAUGUUGUGAUGAAGUGAAACAUGUCUUGAAAUGUUGUAUUCUUUAUGUGAAUAAACCUCAUGAAUUGUACUGAAUAUCAUCAUAACUAUUGUUCUGCAUACUCAGCCUACCUUGAAGUAAAACAGCACAUCAAUUUGUAUCAAGUGCUUAUUCUCUUUUGGAGAGAUUGAAGUGCUUUGUGAUUGACCCAAACGUCGUCAUCUAGUCCAGCUGACAAGGGGGUAGUAUUGUUCUAGCCAGACUCGUGUUACUGGACAAGUCGAUAACAGCUAUGAGUCAACAGUUAAAUGUUCUUUUAUUUGUAAUGAUUUGCAAUAUUGAACCCAGUGGUAUUUUCUGCAAGAUCCAAUUAAUAUUGAUGGCUAAAUGUUCAGAGUUUCUGUAUGCUCUUCUGUGCUGCUGUUUCAUAAUGUAAAUAAAU